AUGCUGCUGAUGGGUGGCAACACUGCCUCCUGCGACUUCCUAGCAAAGGUGAAACCUGACGUUUUGAAGAUGAUUGCCAAUGGGGAUCUUGAAGGUGCGAUAGAUCCAACAUACCUUCUAGAUAAUGAGACAGAACUUGUCGAGAAUGAUGAACCAGAAGACCCUGCCAAUGAGGACGAUCCUGUCCUGAGCACCCUAACUGACCGCCCAACUACCGUGGCGGAAGCCAAAAGGAGCCCUGAUUGGGACUACUGGUAUGAGGCGAUGAAGAAAGAGGUCAGCAUGUUUGAGAACAAGCAGACAUAUAUUGUCGUUGAGAAGACCCCAGGCAUGGAUAUCUUAACUGGUAAAUGGGUGUUUGAUCGCAAGUUGAACAAUAAGGGAGAAACAAUCCGGUUUAGAGCUCGCUGGGUGGUUAGGGGAUUCCUCCAACAACAAGGAGUCCACUAUACAAAGUCGUACGCCGCGGUGGUAUCAGGACCCACGUCACGGAGCUUAUUCGCAAUCUCAACGGCAAAGGGGUGGAAGGCAAAGGCGAUCGACUACGUCUCCGCGUUCUUGAACGGCAUACUACCGCAGCACGAGAUGGUAUAUAUGCAACUGCCUACAGGGAUUAAGCACGGCAGGGGGGGCCUGGUUGGCCUGCUCCGCCAGAGCCUUUACGGGAUGAAGCAAGCAGCGAGGGUGUGGUAUUUCCUUGCGACGGAACACCUCACCACUCUAGGAUUCAAAAUCUCGCCGUACGAUGGCGGAUUCUUAUAUCACCCUAUUCGCAAGAUCUACCUGACAUUGCACGUCGAUGACUGUCGGGUAACGGGACCCCAAGAGCAGCAAUUAGACUGGAUAUUGGCAGAGAUUGCUAAAAGGUUUGAGACAAAGGAUGUCGAAGAGAACAAGCCCUACCUUGGAAUGGAAGUCAAACGUCAAAUGAACGGCGACCUAGCGGUUACCCAGAACCGUUAUAUCGAUGAGAUCCUUGAGGAUUUUGGAAUGGACAAGGUCAACCCGGCCAGCACGCCGAUGGCGGCCGGCAUACGCCUAGAAUUCUCACCAGAUGAAGAUAGCGG